GCACGCCAUCGGGCAAGCUGCGUUUGUUGUGUGUCGUGUAUGGUAUCUCGUUGUCGUGGCCGACUUGGCAUCGGUGUGAGAUAUUCUUUUCGUUAUUGUCAAACUACCGCAGUGAACUGAACAGAGCUGUAUCGGACUGUUUGCGUAGGCGCUCUCUUUGAGCGCGCGGACGUUUCCACAAGAGCAGCACGGGCGUCGCCAUGGCGGAAAGUUCGCAGCAAGCCACCGUUAAACACGAAAGCGGUGCCUCGAGCCCCGCGAGCGGAGUAGGAACUACCGAGGGCAGGUCGGGGCCUUCGGGCCAGUCGCUGUCGGAACUCCUGCUGCAGCUCGAAGAUUACAGUCCGACCCUACCGGACGCCGUCACGGCGCACUACCUGAACACCGCCGGACUGGAGGCCAGCGACCCUCGCGUCGUCAGACUCGUUUCCCUGGCAGCGCAGAAGUUUCUCUCGGACAUCACCAACGACGCGCUUCAGCAUUGCAAAAUGCGCGGCGCCGGGCAGAGCAAGAAGGCGACCAAGGACAAGCGCUACACGCUCACCAUGGAAGACCUGACCCCCGCGUUGCAGGAGUACGGCAUCAACGUCAAGAAGCCGCACUACUUCGUCUGACGCCGCGCGUUGUGGCCCAUAGAAGGGCCGCUCGCCAACGGUGCCGCGGUGUUCCGCAAGUUUCAAACGUGAAGACCUUCGCGAUUUGGCGGCCGCAACGAGUGUUCCUAAUCGUCAGGCCCAGCGUCCCAAUCCAUUGCGGGCUGCGAUGUAAAUAUGUGUUAAAGCUGUGUUGCCGCGUUCGAAUCUGUUUCUUUGCGGUUCACAAAUCUGGCGUGGUGUGCAUCUCGGAAGGUGCAAUUCGUGGGGAAAAAAAAAAUUAGGACCAGUAAUGGCAGUCCACUCAGAUUUGGAGUGCAUUAGGGGAUGUAUUAUCUGUACAAAAUAAAUGCGGCAAUCAGA